CGUCACAUGGUACACACCGUCUAUUUUGUUGAUUUCACUCUCGUCUCUCUUCUUCGAUGGAAUCUCUUUUCAUUUAAAACAAAAGAUGUAGUCUUUUCAGAUGUCACCAAACAGCUUAAAUAAUUAGUAUUUCUGUUGCUAUCAAAUACUCCAAUUUACCAUUCCAUAUAUUGUACUCUGCGAAUUCGUUUUAAAAAAACGAUAAUGAUGGCAGAUCAGCUCCGCAGAGUUGAACCCGCGAUCUCCAGCCCCAAAUCCAGUCCCAGGGGUUCCAGGUCCCCGGCACAUCCUCGCACCGAUUCCACAGGAACACUUAAAACUACCAUCAGUUUAGGCAAAGUACCGUCUGUUAUCCAUUCGGGACCGUUUUACCUCAUGAAAGAUGUACCUGAGCAAGCCGAAAUGACUGGAUACACGAACCUUAUGUCAUAUUAUGGACUUGGUAAUUCCUACAAUAAAUUUUUUACAAAGAAAGUGAAAGAGGAACUCAGUGCAUUCUUACCUACACUUCCUGGAAAUAUCGACACACCUGGCAUUAAUGACACAAGCUCCCUUCGGUCAGUGAUUGAAAAGCCACCAAUCAGUACCCGGGAAUUAUUACCAUUGUCAGGUGCAAGCCUAGCAGGUUUCAGACUCCACCCUGGACCUCUUCCUGAGCAAUAUCGCUUUCUGAAUCAGACGCCACAGAAAAAGAAACACAAACACAAAAAGAGUAAGAAAGAAGGCGGCAAAGAUGGUAAUUCUCAAGAGAUUCAAGGAGAAAAUUCUUCCGAUACUGGUCACGAUAAAAAGAAGAAAGUGAAACGAUCAGACGAAGAGAAAGAGAAAAAGAAACGAAAGAAGAAAAAGAAGAAGAAACACAGUCCAGAACAUCCAUUGUCUGUUCCAUCAUCAUCGGAUAUUACUCUCUGAGUGCCACCAUUACCAUUGUAUUUUUACCAUAUUCUUUGAGCAACAAAUUUAAUCAAAUGGUUAUUUUCUCUUUUUUUUUUUUUCUCCUUGAACAUCCAAAUCUGUGGGAUUUUUUAAAACUGUAUGUCUUAUAGUCUAACUAAUUGCAUUAUUAUUAUUAUUAUUAUUAUUAUUUUUAUAAUUAUUAUUAUUAUUAUUAUUAUGAACCAGCAGAAUUGUUAGCAUGUUGGAU